GAACAAAAAAAAAGUGCGUACUUUUCUAAGACUAGUCCGCCGGAUAUAUUUGCCCUUGUUGCUGUGGUGGUGGUGGUUGUCCGUGACUCGCCCUAUUUCCUGCUGCUACUGUCUGUACGAGUGCAUUAAAUCAUACACACACACACAUAUAUAUAUAUAUAGGACGUUAAAACCAACGGAAGAGGAAAUGCCCGGACCUGGUCUCCUGCCCGAUGGUUGGUUCCGUGAGGAGAGCACGAUGUGGCCCGGUCAGGGCCAGGGGCUCAAGGUGGAGAAGGUUCUCUACGACGCCAAGACGGAUUUCCAGCACCUCACCGUCUUCGAGUCCGAUCCAAAAGGCCCGUGGGGCACCGUCAUGACCCUCGACGGGGCCAUUCAGUUCACCGACUACGACGAGUUCGUGUACCACGAGAUGCUCGCCAACUUGUCGCUGACGACGCACAAGAAGCCCGAGCGCGUCCUCGUCAUCGGCGGUGGUGACGGCGGUGUGGUGCGCGAGGUGCUGCGCCACAAGAAUACGAAGGAGGGCAUCGUGCAGUCGGUGGAGCUCGUCGACAUCGACGGGGCGGUGAUCGAGCAGAGCAAGCUGCACUUCCCGCAGAUCGCGUGCGGGUUUGCGGAUCCGUGCGUGACCGCCACCGUUGGCGACGGCGUCGCCUUCGUGAAGGCUGCGGCGGACAACGCCUACGACGUCAUCAUCAUCGACACGACGGACCCGGACGGGCCUGCGUCGGAGCUCUUUGGGGCUGACUUUUACAGGAACGUCCUGCGCAUCCUGCGCCCCGGCGGCAUCGUGUGUAACCAAGGCGAGUCCGUCUGGCUGCACCGCCCCCUCAUUGAGACGAUGAUGGGUUUCCUGAAGAAGGAGAUCGGUUUUGCGACGGUGAAGUACGCCAUGAUCUACAUCCCCACCUACCCGUGCGGCAGCAUCGGCACGCUGGUAUGUGCCAAGUCGCCGGAGACGGACGUCGUGGUGCCGGUGCGUCCUGUCGAGUCGCUUGGCUUUGCGAAGGACCUUAAGUACUACAGCACGGACAUGCAUAAGGCGUCGUUUGUGCUCCCCCGCUUUGCUGCGCAUCUGAAUGAGUAA